GUGCCUUUUGUGGAGCCGCCCUUAUGUUGCCUGUACAAAUAACUAACAUGUCUGUGGCAACAGAUUCCGAAACUUUGUCUCCUAUUUUGUAGUAAGCCAUCCGGGAAGUACUAAACAAACCCAAGCCAAAGAAAUUCAAGCAGUGAGGCUCUGCGGUUCGGGUCAUCUUCCUUUCGCUUUUUUGCCUUCCACUUCUCUCUGCACUAGGGGGACCUGCGAACAGUCAGGCAGCAUCCAGAGAGACUCCCUUCCUCUCUGGGCAAGAUGGCGGGGGAUGAAGCUAGUGUGACUCUGCGGCAGCCGCAUCUUUCUCGUCAGGAUCUCACCAACUUGGAUGUUACCAAGUUGACUCCACUCUCAAAGGAAGUUAUCAGCAGACAAGCCACAAUUAACAUAGGUACAAUUGGUCAUGUUGCUCAUGGAAAAUCUACAGUUGUCAAAUCUAUUUCUGGAGUUCACACUGUCAGAUUUAAAAAUGAAUUGGAAAGAAAUAUUACAAUCAAACUUGGGUACGCUAAUGCCAAGAUUUAUAAAUUUGAUGAUGCAAGUUGUCCUCGGCCAGAAUGCUAUAAACUUUCCUUGGGUAAAGGUGGAAGUAGUACACCUGAUGAGUUUCCUACAGACAUUCCAGGGACCAAAGGAAACUUCAAAUUAGUCAGGUGAUUAUUUUUAUGCUAAACACUUUUUUUUGUCUUGUGCUUAUUGAACUAUUUAAUAGAGAUUUUAAACUUGGGCUUGCAUCUUUGCCAAAAUGUGGGUAAGAAACUUUGAAAAACAUUUUCUAGCUAAGAAGUUUAAUUUACAAUAGUUGCUUAAUAGCUUUUAUAAGUAUUUAUAUUAUUAUAUGUAUAAUAAAGAUUAGUUUAUAUACCAAUUAUUUAAACCUAAGCUGAAAUACAGAUGUACAAAUUCUCUAAAGCAGUGGUUCUCAACCUUCUGGCCCUUUAAAUACAGUUCCUCAUGUUGUG